UAUAGACACAUAGCAGCAGCUGAAGGGCAGCAUCAAUUCGGAUAGCAGAGGCUGAUGCAGCGGGGACAAUGAAGGGUAUCGAGUCGCCUGUGGCUAGGCGCGCAACAUCGAGUGGUAUGAGCUGGGGAAACACUGGUGCGAUGAUCUGGCAUGGCGGAGGAAAGGCGGCAAGGACGCAGGUAUAACCGCUGUCGUGGUGGGCUGCAGCUCUACAGCCUUAUGAUCCAAGCCUGCUUUGGUCAAGGGUAGAAAGAUUGCUCUCAUCCCUGAGCAAUGGAUGUUCAAGGCUUGCCAUGCGUGUGCAAGGUGCACCUCGCAGACAUUCUCAUGCCGACAAACGCUGCUGACCCCGCGCGACGGCUGCGCGAUGUUGGCAGGCGUCAAAACAGCAUGGAGCAAACGAUUGAAGGAGACUACAUCCACUCGGAGAUGUGCAUUGCUGCCCCCAAUGCUGCUAGUUUCUGCGCAUCCAUCACUGGAAGCUAAUCAAUUCUUCUUCUACGCUUCAGUGACGAAGAAGAGAAGAAAUGGCGGCCGUAACAAGCACGGACGUGGCCACGUGGCCUUCGUCCGUUGCUCCAACUGUGCCCGGGCGACUCCUAAGGACAAGGCCAUCAAGCGAUUCACUGUCAGGAACAUCGUCGAGGCCGCUGCUGUCAGGGACAUGAGCGAGGCUUCGGUUUACGCUGAGUACGCCCUGCCCAAGCUCUACAUCAAGCUGCACUACUGCGUCUCGUGCGCCAUCCACGCCCACGUCGUUCGUGUUCGCUCGCGUGUUGGUCGCAAGAACCGUGCACCUCCCGUGCGCGUUCGCUUCAACCGUGAUGGCAAAAAGAUCAACCCUGCCGUCGCUGGUGCCCAGAACACCGCUGGUGCUCAGGCAGGUGGUGCUGCGGCGCCAACUGCCCGUGUCUAAGCAGCUGUGAGCUUGGGACAUUCGCUCGC